AUUUUCUUCUUCCCUAUGCACGAGAUCACAUAAUUUUCCAGAUCUAAAUCUCUCAUAACCCCCAUUUUUUAAACUUUAAUUUAAACCCCCCCAACCUCUGACGCUACCCAACUACAAAACCAUGAGCCACCACCACCACCGUCAGCCACCGCCACGCCACCCUCCACCACUACAAUCCCAACCCUACAACAUCAUCCCAAUCCACAACCUCUUAACAGACCACCCAUCUCUCCGUUUCCCCGAAGUCCGCGCCGCCACCGCCGCCCUCAAAUCCAUCGGCAACCUCCGCCGUCCCCCGUUCAUCCCAUGGCAACCCCACUACGACCUCCUCGACUGGCUGGGCUUCUUCUUCGGUUUCCAAAGCGACAACGUUUCAAACCAGCGUGAACACAUCGUCCUUCACUUGUCCAACUCCCAGAUGCGUCUCCAACCACCCCCCGACAACAUCGACACCCUGGACCCCACCGUCUUACGUAAGUUCCGUCGAAAACUCUUGUCUAAUUACACACAUUGGUGUUCUUUCCUUGGCCGGAAAUCCAAUAUCUGGAUUUCCGAUUCUCGCCGGAAUUUGACACCUGCAGAUCAUCAGCGUGAGCUUUUGUAUGUGUCUUUGUAUCUGCUAAUAUGGGGUGAGUCUGCUAAUUUAAGAUUUGUGCCUGAAUGUAUUUGUUAUAUUUUCCAUCACAUGGCUAUGGAGUUAAAUAGGAUUUUAGAGGAUUUUAUUGAUGAGAACACCGGUAGGCCAGUUUUACCCUCUGUUAACGGCGAUAACGCCUUUUUGAACCUUGUCGUGAAGCCUAUUUACAACACGCUAAAGACCGAGGUUGAGAUGAGUAGAAACGGGACUGCCCCGCAUUCUAGUUGGAGGAAUUAUGAUGAUAUAAACGAGUAUUUUUGGAGUAGGAGGUGCUUUGACAAGUUAAAGUGGCCGAUUGAUGUUGGGAGUAACUUUUUCGCCACCACCAGUAGAGGGAAACGGGUGGGGAAAACGGGGUUUGUUGAGCAACGGUCGUUUUUAAACUUGUUUAGGAGUUUCGAUAAGUUGUGGAUUAUGUUAUUUUUGUUACUACAAGCGGGUAUCAUCGUUGCUUGGAAAGACGGGAAGACAUAUCCUUGGCAGGCUUUGGCAGAUAAAGAUGUGCAAGCUAGGGUCCUGAGCAUUUUCAUUACUUGGAGCGCGUUGAGGUUUUUGCAAGCUCUUCUGGAUGUGCUUAUGCAGUAUAAGUUGGUUUCCAGAGAGACUUUAUGGCUUGGGGUCAGAAUGGUGUUGAAGAUUGUUACUUCUGUUAUAUGGAUUAUUCUUUUUGUGGUGUUUUACUCGAGAAUUUGGAAACAGAAAAAGGAUGAUGGGCGUUGGUCGGGUGCUGCUAAUAAACGUGUGGUGACUUUCCUUGAGGUUGCUUUGGUUUUUAUCCUUCCUGAAAUUUUAGCACUUGUUCUGUUUAUUAUUCCAUGGGUUCGUAACUUUCUUGAGAACACAAAUUGGCGGGUCUUUUAUCUUGUAACUUGGUGGUUUCAGAGUAGAAGUUUUGUGGGUCGUGGGCUCAGGGAGGGUUUAGUGGAUAACAUAAAGUAUUCAUUGUUUUGGAUCGUGGUUCUUGCCACAAAGUUCUGUUUUAGUUACUUCUUGCAGAUAAAACCGAUGAUUCAGCCCACAAAAGACAUCUUAGACCUUAGAGACGUGAGAUACGAAUGGCAUGAGUUCUUCGGUAACAGCAACAGGUUUGUUGUAGGGAUUUUAUGGUUGCCCGUUGUACUGAUUUACUUAAUGGAUUUGCAAAUUUGGUACUCGAUUUACUCUUCGUUUGUUGGUAUGGGAGUCGGGUUGUUCAGCCAUUUGGGUGAAAUAAGAAACGUGCAACAGUUGAAGCUGCGGUUUCAGUUUUUUGCUAGUGCAAUGCAGUUUAAUCUAAUGCCCGAAGAACAGUUAUUGAAUACAAGAGGGACUUUAAAAAGCAAGUUCAAAGACACCAUUAAUAGACUUAAGUUGAGGUAUGGUUUUGGAAGACCAUUUAAGAAACUCGAAUCGAAUCAAGUGGAAGCGCAUAAAUUUGCUUUGAUAUGGAAUGAGAUCAUUUUGACUUUCAGAGAAGAAGACAUUGUCAGUGAUCAUGAAGUAGAGCUUCUUGAAUUGCCUCAAAAUACAUGGAACGUCAGAGUUGUCAGAUGGCCGUGUUUUUUAUUAUCUAACGAGUUACUUCUUGCUCUUAGUCAAGCUAAGGAGUUGGUUGAUGCACCUGACAGGUGGCUGUGGUACAAGAUUGGGAAGAACGAGUACAGGCGUUGUUCUGUUAUUGAAACUUACGACAGUGUACGCCACAUGCUGCUUGCAAUUGUACGGUACAACACACAGGAGCACUCGAUCUUAACAACCCUUUUUCAAGAAGUUGAUAACUCGAUCACUAUCGAGAAGUUCACCAAAACUUUCGACAUGAACGCCCUUCCAAAGAUUCAUGCCAAACUGAUCACUCUUGUUGGUCUGUUGAUAAAGCCCAAGAAAGACGUUAACCACGUGGUUAACACACUACAAGCACUCUAUGAAGUUGUUAUUCGUGAUUUCUUUAAAGAAAAAAGAACCAUGGAUGAGCUGAAAGAGGAUGGAUUGGCUCCUCACGGGCCACUCACCGGUGCGGGCUUGCUUUUUGAGAAUGCCGUUGAGUUGCCUGAUUCAGACAACGAGAAUUUCUAUAGACAGGCCCGGAGAUUGCAUACUAUCCUCACAUCACGUGACUCGAUGAACAAUAUCCCUGUGAAUUUAGAGGCUAGAAGACGGAUUGCUUUCUUUAGCAACUCACUGUUUAUGAAUAUGCCUCAUGCUCCUCAAGUGGAGAAGAUGAUGGCUUUCAGUGUCUUGACACCUUACUACAAUGAAGAAGUGGUCUACCACAAGGAGCAACUUAAAACUGAGAAUGAGGACGGAGUUUCCACGCUUUAUUAUUUGCAAACUAUCUAUGCUGAUGAAUGGGUAAACUUUUUGCAACGGAUGAAGCGUGAAGGUAUGGUGUCAGAGGAUGAAUUGUGGACAGUUAAACUCAGAGAUCUUCGUCUUUGGGCUUCAUAUAGAGGCCAGACACUUGCUCGUACGGUGAGGGGCAUGAUGUAUUAUUACCGAGCUUUAAAGAUGCUGGCUUUUCUUGAUUCGGCUUCUGAAAUGGACAUUCGUGAAGGGGCACGGGAACUCGUUUCUAUGGGGCAUGGUAGCGGUGUAGAUGAUUCAAGCCGUACGGGUAGGAGUGUAAGUAGAACAGAUAGUACAGUGAGUAAUAUGUUUAAAGGCCAUGAAUAUGGGUCCGUCUUGAUGAAGUACACUUAUGUUAUUGCAUGUCAGAUAUAUGGGACUCAAAAGGCCAAAAAGGAUCCUCAUGCUGACGAGAUUUUGUAUUUGAUGAAAAACAAUGAAGCUCUCCGUGUUGCAUAUGUUGAUGAGGUGGUGGUGCAAGACAGAACUGAGUAUUAUUCUGUUCUGGUGAAGUAUGAUCGGGAUAUUGAAAAAGAAGUUGAAAUUUAUCGUGUCAAGUUGCCAGGUCCUUUGAAGCUUGGGGAGGGAAAACCUGAGAAUCAAAACCAUGCUCUUAUUUUCACUCGGGGAGAUGCAGUUCAAACUAUAGAUAUGAAUCAAGAUAAUUAUUUUGAAGAGGCUCUUAAAAUAAGGAAUUUACUUGAGGAAUACAAGCAGAAAUAUGGUCUUCGUAAGCCAAAUAUAUUGGGAGUCAGAGAAAAUAUCUUCACAGGUUCGGUCUCUUCACUUGCUUGGUUCAUGUCAGCUCAAGAAACAAGUUUUGUAACAUUGGGUCAACGGGUUUUGGCAAACCCAUUGAAAAUCCGGUUGCAUUAUGGUCAUCCUGAUGUCUUUGAUCGGUUUUGGUUCUUAACUCGUGGUGGAAUCAGUAAAGCUUCAAGAUUGAUUAACUUAAGUGAAGAUAUCUUUGCUGGGUUUAAUUGCACAUUAAGGGGUGGUAAUGUGACUCACCAUGAGUACAUUCAAGUUGGAAAAGGAAGAGACGUUGGAUUAAACCAAGUAUCUAUGUUUGAAGCUAAAGUUGCAAGUGGGAACGGUGAGCAAGUACUUAGUAGAGAUGUCUACAGAUUGGGUCAUAGACUUGAUUUCUUUAGAAUGCUUUCAUUUUUCUACACUACCGUUGGGUUCUUUUUCAACACGAUGAUGAUUUCAUUAACCGUGUACGCUUUUUUGUGGGGACGGUUAUACCUUGCACUAAGUGGAGUGGAGAAUUCAGCUGCAGGCAAUGCUGACACGAAUAAAGCGUUGGGGACGAUUUUAAACCAGCAGUUUAUAGUUCAACUUGGACUUUUUACUGCUUUACCCAUGAUUGUUGAAAACACUCUCGAGCUCGGGUUUCUUGCAGCCAUUUGGGAUUUCAUAACAAUGCAGCUUCAACUUUCUUCUGUGUUUUAUACAUUCUCCUUAGGAACCCGUUCUCAUUACUUUGGGCGAACUAUUCUUCAUGGGGGUGCCAAAUACCGGGCCACUGGUCGUGGUUUUGUGGUGCAACACAAGAAGUUUGCUGAGAAUUAUCGACUCUAUGCUCGUAGCCAUUUUAUAAAAGCAAUUGAGCUUGGUCUAAUUUUGAUUGUUUAUGCUUCACAUAGCCCUGUUGCUAAAGGAACAUUCACUUAUAUUGCAUUGACCAUCUCGAGUUGGUUCCUUGUGGUUUCAUGGAUUAUGGCACCGUUUGUGUUCAAUCCCUCCGGGUUUGAUUGGUUAAAAACAGUUUAUGAUUAUGAUGAUUUUAUGAGCUGGAUAUGGUUUCGAGGGGGUGUGUUUGCAAAGUCUGAAGAGAGUUGGGAACAAUGGUGGUAUGAAGAACAGGACCAUUUGAGGACUACUGGUUUAUUUGGAAAGCUGUUUGAAAUCAUUUUGGAUUUAAGGUUUUUCUUUUUUCAAUACGGGAUUGUUUACCAAUUGGGAAUUGCUGCAGGUAGCAGAAGCGUUGCUGUUUACAUACUUUCUUGGAUUUAUGUGGUUGUGGUUCUUGGAAUCUAUUUGAUUAUAAUAUACGCCCGUGAUAAGUAUUCUGCAAGAGAACACGUCUAUUAUCGGUUGGUUCAGUUUCUCGUGAUUGUUCUUGGUAUACUUAUAAUAAUCGCUUUGAAGGAGUUUACACAGUUCAAGUUUAUUGAUAUUCUCACGAGUCUGUUGGCAUUUCUUCCCACUGGGUGGGGUUGUCUUUUGAUUGCUCAAGUAUUCCGACCCAUUUUGGAAAAAACUAUGAUCUGGGGGACUGUUGUUUCUGUGGCCCGCACUUAUGAUACUAUAUUUGGCGUUAUUGUCUUGACCCCAGUGGCGGUCUUAUCAUGGAUGCCCGGUUUCCAGUCUAUGCAAACCAGAAUUCUGUUCAACGAAGCGUUUAGUAGAGGUUUGCGGAUUUUCCAGAUUGUUGUUGGAAAGAAAUCCAAAAGCUGAUUAUUAUCAAGGCGUUGGCUCAGACGAACACAUUUUUAUUUGUAGAGUUUGUAUAUCUUCUGCUUUCAGAUUCUUACAGAAGAAGCAGACUGCCCCUUUCAAUGUUUUAUACGUAGUCUUGAUGUUGGCAACGAUGGAAGUAUAUACCAUUAACUUGAGAUGCAGUACAGGUUCUUUUUUCUUAUUAAUAUGAAGGGUACUUUUAUAUUUGAAAUGAGCAAUUAAACAACAGUUGUAUUAGGUAUGAGCAAUUAAACAACAGUUGUAUUAGGUAUUUUCCUGUGAAGUGACAGCAUUCCUAGAUUAUUCUUGGUAGUAGAGGUAGAUGGGAGAAAACAAGUUGAAUCAUUCUGUAUUUUGGCUUUUUUUUGUUGUUGAAGUUUUAGCCAUGAAGCUUUACAUGAAGUAGAUUUGAGUUCAUUAUACUGCAUGUGUGAUAUGUUUAGCAAAAUUUGACAACUAUUAUUGUACUAUAGUUAUUGGUA